CAGUGCACCCUGCCCGGGCAGGAGGCUGAGACGAUUCCUUUGGAGAGAUGACCCCCGCCGGAUCCUUAAGCACAUUGGCGACUAUGGAAAAUAAAUAAAUCAGAUCAUAAUUAGCUGCUCCAUCUGAUAAAUAAAACAUGGCUCCUUUUUCCAAGCGGGCGAGGAAGAGGUGAAAGCGGCAGCAGUGGAAGCUCAAGAUAGAAGCGCUUUUCUGGGAGGUGUAGGGAGGGAAAAGGGAGGGGGGUUACGGCGCUCUCUUGUCUUGUAAGAGGAUAAAGAGAAAAGGGAAAUCAAGCUAGUUUUAAGCGGACUGUUUGGACCAGCCCCCGGUGACAACAUGACCAGCGGGCCGGAUGAGAGCUCGGUGCGCGUUGCCCUGAGGAUUCGUCCUCAGCUGGCCAAAGAAAAGAUUGAGGGUUGUCAUAUCUGUACAUACGUGAUGCCUGGGGAGCCUCAGGUGGUCCUGGGUAAAGAUAAGGCCUUCACCUAUGACUGUGUUUUUGACAUGGACACCCAGCAGGAAACCAUCUACACCCACUGCACUGAGAGACUCAUCGAGGGCUGCUUUGAGGGCUAUAAUGCCACCAUCUUUGCAUAUGGACAGACGGGUUCGGGGAAGACCUAUACCAUGGGAACCGGCUUCGACGUCACCAUCGGAGGGGACGAACUGGGUAUCAUUCCCCGGGCUGUCAACCACCUGUUUAGGGGGAUUGAGGAGCGUAGACAGGCCGCCACCGAGCAGGGCAGGCCAGUCCCUGAGUUCAAGAUCAACGCACAGUUCCUGGAGCUGUACAACGAGGAGGUGCUGGACUUGUUCGACUCGACACGAGACAUCGAGGCCAGGAAACAGAAGUCCAAUAUCAAAAUCCACGAAGACACCAAUGGAGGCAUCUACACCGUGGGGGUCACCACCCGCACUGUCACCUCUGCAGCCGAGAUGAUACAGUGUCUAAAGCUGGGCGCUCUGUCUCGUACCACGGCCAGCACCCAGAUGAACGUCCAGAGUUCACGCUCUCACGCCAUCUUCACCAUCCACCUGUGCCAAGUUCGAGUCUGCUCUCCUGAUAAUAACGAUAAUGUAACAGACAACCGUUUAGCUAACGACUCAGAGAUUAAUGAGUUUGAGACGCUGACAGCCAAAUUCCACUUUGUGGACCUGGCUGGUUCAGAAAGACUCAAGAGAACCGGAGCUACAGGAGACAGAGCAAAAGAGGGCAUCUCUAUCAACUGUGGGCUGCUUGCCCUGGGAAACGUCAUCAGUGCUCUGGGAGACAGGAGUAAACGCUCCACUCAUGUGCCUUACAGAGACUCCAAACUGACACGCCUGUUACAGGACUCAUUAGGUGGCAACAGUCAAACUAUGAUGAUCGCCUGUAUCAGCCCAUCAGACCGAGACUUCAUGGAGACUUUGAACACCCUUAAGUACGCUAACCGAGCACGAAACAUCAAGAAUAAGGUGAUGGUAAACCAAGACCGAGCCAGCCAGCAGAUCAGCGCUCUGAGAACUGAAAUAGCCCGACUGCAGAUGGAGCUGAUGGAGUACAAGACGGGAAAGCGGAUGGUGGGUGAAGAUGGGAUGGAGGGCAUCAACGACUUGGUCCAUGAGAACUCCAUGCUGCAGACAGAGAACAACCACCUUAGGGUGAGGGUGAAGGCCAUGCAGGAGACCAUCGACACUCAGAGAGCCAGACUUACACAGAUCCUCAGUCACCAGGCUAACCAGGCUCUGGGUAAAGCAGGUGAAGGUAAUGAAGAAAUCGGAAACAUGAUUCAGAACUAUAUCAAAGAAAUUGAGGAGCUGAGAGCUAAACUUCUUGAAAGUGAGGCUAUGAAUGAGAACCUAAGGAAGAGCCUGUCUCGUGCCUCCAAUCGCUCCUCACUGUACGGAGGCCCCGGUUCCUUCUCCCCUGUCCUGCUCGCCCCUGAGAAGGAGGCCAACGACGUCAUCAUGAUGGCCAAGAAGGACUUGGAGAAACUCAAGAAGAAGGAGAGGAAGAAGAAGAAGAGGCUGAGGCAAUACGAAGAGAAUCACCAGCAAGAGGUUGAACAUGCCAGCGUUAUCAGAGAGGAAGUCCCAGACAAUGAUCAGGAAGGAGGCAAUGAGGAGGCAGAGGUGGAGGGCAGCGAUCACGAAGAAGGAGAGGAUGCAGAUGGAGAGGAAGAAGACUUUGACAUGGCGGGAGAAGAGACAUCUGAUGAGUCUGAUUCUGAAGAACUGGAGGAAAAAGAAAACAUCCAGGCUGACCUAGCCAACAUCACUUGUGAGAUUGCCAUCAAGCAAAAGCUUAUAGACGAGCUGGAGAACAGCCAGCGGCGUCUGCACACGCUCAAACAACAGUACGAACAGAAGCUAAUGAUGCUGCAGAACAAGAUCAGAGACACACAGCUGGAGAGGGACAAGGUGCUGCACAAUGUGGGUUCAGUGGAGUCAGGUACUGAGGAGAGGGCCAAGAAGAUCAAAGCUGAGUAUGAGAAAAAGCUGAGCUCAAUGAACAAAGAGCUGCAAAAGCUCCAGUCAGCUCAGAAGGAGCAUGCUCGCCUGCUGAAGAACCAGUCGCAGUAUGAGAAACAGCUCAAGAAACUCCAGCAGGAUGUGACCGAGAUGAAGAAGACCAAGGUGGCGCUGAUGCGUCAGAUGAAGGAGCAGCAGGAGAGGAACAGGGCUACAGAGUGCAGGAGAAACAGGGAGAUUGCCUCUUUGAAGAAAGACCAGCGAAGAGCCGAGCACCAACUGAGGCAGCUGGAGGCCCAUAAGAGACAACAGGAGUUAAUUCUACGCAGGAAGAAUGAAGAGGUGACAGCUCUUAGACGGCAGGUGAGGCCCAUGUCGGGUAAGGUGAGCAGGAAGGUGAGCCUACCUGAACCUCUCCAGGACCCAACACAUCGAGCCACACCAGGAAGGCUGCAGACCUCUGGAGCAUCCCAAUCCGAUGGAGCCAGGAGUUCCCCAGUAAGGAUGGGGAGUAUCUACCUCAACAGGACAGCCAGGGCCAAAUGGCAGUCACUGGAGAGACGUGUCAGUGACAUCAUCAUGCAGCGGAUGACCGUCUCUAACAUGGAGACGGAUAUGAACCGACUGCUAAGGCAACGUGAGGAGCUGACCCGACGGAGGGAGCGAGUGUCCAAAAAGAGAGAGAAGAUGGCACUGGACGGUGCAGAUGCUGACCGGUCCCUGGCCUCCCUGAAUGAAGAGCUGGAGUCUCUGAGCGCCAACAUCGACUACAUCAACGACAGCAUUGCCGACUGCCAGGCCAACAUUAUGCAGAUAGAGGAAGCCAAGGAGGAAGGAGACACAGUGGAUGUUACCGCAGUGAUCAGCUCCUGUAACUUAUCAGAGGCCCGCUUCCUUCUGGACCAUUUCAUGACUAUGGCCAUCAAUAAGGGUCUGCAGGCAGCUCAGAAGGAUUCCCAGCUGAAGGUUAUGGAGGGCAGGUUGAAGCAGACAGAGAUUAACAGUGCCACCCAGAACCAGCUGCUGUUCCACAUGCUGAAGGAGAAAGCUGAGAUCAACCCAGAGCUGGAUGCCCUGCUGGGCAGUGCUCUGCAAGAGUUAGGUUACCUGUCACCAGAAAAUGGAGAUGACAGCAGCAGUGACGAGUCCACCCCCAGCCCAGCCACAGAGGGCAGAAACCUUGCAUCAGACCUAAUGAAGUUAUGUGGUGAAUCCAGACCAAGAAGUAAGGCUCGCAGGCGGACCACCACCCAGAUGGAGCUGCUUUAUGCCAGCAGUGGGGAUUUAUCCUGUGAAUCCCCCACGGGAGACUUCUCGGCCCCAGUGCUGCCCCUCUCAGAACGCCUGGAAGGGCAGGUAGACCUGCAGGGUCACGGUGUUGGUCAAACCCCUGAACGCACGCAAACUGUUUCCCCAUCUGCACAGUGUGCCAGGCCAGCUGGAAUAUCUGCACCCAGGUCACCUACAGGGGCCGAGAAGAGGCAACUAGACCGCUUGCCCCACAACCGAAGGAAGAUGCAAGACAAAGGACUCACAGCAAUACACAUCACAGCACCUACACACACACUUCCUGUUAACACAGCAGAAGACAAAACUAAAGGCAGUGACUACAAAACACUGUUUGAGGAGUCACCUGUGUUUGAAGGCCAAAGAGGCGUGAUCAACCCUGUGACGGUACCUAAGACCAGCCGGGGGGCCAAACUUCAGUGUGUCUACGUAGCUGAGGGGCACACCAAGCCUGUUCUCUGUGUGGAUGCCACUGAUGAUCUUCUCUUCACAGGAUCCAAAGACCGUACAUGUAAAGUCUGGAACUUAGUGACGGGUCAAGAGAUAAUGUCUCUAGCAGAUCAUCCCAGUAGUGUUGUCUCAGUCAGGUACACUUCUAGUCUCGUCUUCACCGUUUCCACUGCUUACAUCAAAGUCUGGGACAUACGAGAUUCUGCCAAGUGUAUAAGAACGCUUAUGUCAUCAGGCCAGGUGGGUUCAGGGGACACCUGCUCCUCUGUCAAGAGUUUAUCCAUCCCACCAGGAGAAAGUCAGAUCAACCGGAUCGCUCUUAACCCCUCUGGCUCCUUCCUUUAUGCUGCUGCUGGUAAUGCUGUGCGCAUGUGGGACCUCCGCAAGUUUGUGUCUACAGGGAAGCUGACUGGCCAUUCGGGCCCUGUCAUGUGUCUGACUGUUGAAAGGUUAGGUAAUGGACAGGAUGUUGUCCUCACUGGCUCCAAAAACCAUCAUAUUAAAAUGUUUGAGGUGGUAGAAGGUGCUCAGGGUAGUAUCAGCUCCAGCCAUACGUUUGAGCCUGCUCAUCAGGAUGGUGUGGAGUGCCUGGCCAUGUAUGGAGACGUUUUCUACAGCGGCUCCAGGGACUAUUACAUCAAAAAGUGGGAUUUAGCCAGUAAACAACUGCUACAGCAGUCGGCCAGUGCUCAGGCAGACUGGGUUAGUGCUCUGGGCGUGGUGCCAGGCUCCCCAGUUCUGCUCAGCGGAUGCAGAGGAGGGCUGCUGUGCCUUUGGCACGCCAGCUCGCUAGCAUCCCUCGGUGUGGUCCGGGGGCAUGACAGUCCCAUUAAUGGCCUGGCCACUAACAGCAGCCAACUGUUCACUGCCUCAGAUGACCGCACAGUGAAAAUUUGGGAAGCUAAAGGAUCUCUGGAGGAAGGAGUCCACUGACAUCUGAUUCUUGAUAAUAACAGAGCGGAUUUAGAUGCAAGCAUUGUCUACUGGCCUUCAACCAAUCGAAAUGAAUCUGGCAAACUGUGGAUGGGAGCCCAAAGUGGAUCAAGGGCCUGGACGUAUGGGCCACAGACCUUCAACAGCACUGAUCUUUUACUGAUUUACUGAUAUAUUGGGUCAAGAUGGAUCACCACAAAGCGGAGCCUCCCAAGUCUCCAGUAGAGCUCCAAGGACCACAUAACAGCUGCAGUGAACAGCACCUUCAUAACUGUGACAGAACAUAAUAAAAUGAAAGUAAAAAUUUAGAUUUAUGGAUCUGUGUUAAUUGAUCCAGGAGUCUAUAGUGGAGCAUAUAGUGAAUUUUGCCAAAGCUGCUGAGAAAAAAAAAAACAGCUUUUGGCAAUGGUUUGCUUCCUCACACCAACUGUUGUCCAUCAAAACAUAGUCUGCUGAAAAAGUCUGUGUACCAAGACAAGCAUUUCCAAGACCUUCGAAUCAUUUGUUCACCAGCAAUGUGAGUCUUUCCUGUGUGUUCACAUGUUGUGUCUUCCUGUCAUUGCUCUCAAAUCAGGUAUGUACGUGUAUGUGUGUAACCAAGGACCAAAUAACUACUGCGUAUGGACUUGUUUCUUCAGCUGUUACUGCCAAACCUUCCAUUUGAACAAAAGAGGCCUCUAAAUAAAUGUACAAAUUUUUCUACUUCAAAUUUCUGGAUUUUUUUCCCCAGUGUUCAUUAAAUGAGUAGCAUGGUUGAACAAUAUUCCUACAUACUACCAUGCAAAAGCAGAGUACAGUAACUACAGAAAAGUAUACAUACAAACAUACAUACAUUUUCAAGAAAAACAUUUACACACCCUACAGUUAAACAUGUUAAAACCCAAGCAGAAUAGCUGUUACAUCCUGAUUAAGCUGUGUUUAAAAGCAUUUCCCCAGCUUGUUUCCGACUGAGGUACAUGCUGUUUUCCUUUUUGUUUUAAGCGGUCAGCUAGGUUUCUGGCUUCAGUAUUCUCUGAUUGAUUUACAGUUUGUUUGUUUUGACAGUUUGUACCCUUAAGUGGUGUUUUACUUUCCUGUGCUUUCUUGUCAACACGCUCCCCUCUGGCUUCUCUGACCUGCAUCUCUUAGGAAUCUAGCGCACAUCUUCUCACUUUCAAGAUUUCAGUUCUUCAAAUGAAAAGGUUAUCCACUGAGUAGUUACUUUCUGUAACCUUUAGUAGCUGUGCAACAGUUUUAAAAGUGAGUACAGCUCUGGCAGCAAGUGCAUUUGGAAAAGUUUUGCUAGAGCCAUAUGAAACAUACGUAGUUUAACAGUUAAAUGAGACUCUGAUGAGAGGCUGGUUCUAAUCAGAAUGUGAAUGUAAAUCAUUCAUGUUGAUUCAAUCAAGCACCUUGUAAUUCCUUAACCAUGGAACAUGACAUAGGUAUUUUGUGAAUGCAUCUGUUCCUGAAAGAUGUGUUUGCAUGUUUUUUUUCACUCCAAAUAAUGUGAUUAAUUCUCAUUCCAUUCUUCAUGUACAGUGCUGUUCAUUUUGCUGUCUUACUGUCUGUAAACUGCACACAUGCUACAGCUGAGCCUUUCAAAACAUCAGUCUUUCGAACUGAGUGUAAAAAGCUACUAUUUAUUUAUUUUUUCUAAUGUAAUGCUUCUGGUAUCUAAGCAUCAUAGACAAUGGACUGCACAGAAUUUAUGGAAUGGAUUUCUCCAUAAUCAGAGGUGUUUAGUCAGUGCCUGUUAUAAAUCCUAAACUGUAGGUAUUGACUGUAGAAUCACUACCUGAUAAAUGUGGACUAUCCCUCAUUAAAAUGUUCAGGUAACCAAUUUAUCAUCAUAACUAUCAUUAAUUUCUUUGAAAUUUAUUGGAAGUACAUUUGAUGCUCUGGUUUGGAUAUUGCAGGUAGACACUGUUAGCAAUGUUUAAGUCAGUUAGACAAAAAUUAUUGCACUGAAAAAUCACGUUUUGCAACUUUAAAGUUUCCCAUCUGAUUCAUAGCAUAGUUUACACAAGAGUGAAAUAAUGUUACAGAAAAUGGUUUUCAGUCCCAUUGGCUCGCAGUUUAACUGCGAAAAAAAUUAUGCCAAAAAGAAACAUUGGUCAUUAAAUACUCCUAAUUCAUAAGGUAUCUUAAUGAUCCUUCUAAAUGUAGUAGCAUCUUAUUUUGAAAUUUGUAAAUCUACACUCAUGUGUAAAUACAAUUGUUGUUUUUUUCCCUGCUGAUUUUGUUGUGUACAAAUUCAAGUGAUUAAAAUAUCAGCUGCAGUGUGAAAAUAGAUUUUAAAAUAA